AUGCUGAGGUUUCUGUUUCUGCUCUUUGGGCUCAUCGGGCUCCACACAGACAGUAGUGAUUCUGAGCUACUACUACCUGUUCAAAUUAUAAUUCCGGAGAAAAAACGGUCAACAUCAAGAGAUGGAGUUGAAACAAAUGUGUCUUACAACAUUGUAAUUGAUGGGAAAACAUACACUGUGAACUUGAUGCAAAAAGCUUUCUUGCCUCCUAGUUUUAGAGUUUAUGGUUAUAAUGGCACAGGAUAUAUGAAGCCCUUUGAACAACAGAUUCAGAAUUUUUGCUACUACCAAGGGCAUAUUGAAGGGUAUCCAAAUUCUAUGGUGAUCCUUAGCACAUGUACUGGACUCAGGGGCUUACUACAGUUUGAAAAUAUAAGUUAUGGAAUUGAGCCCUUAGAACCUUCAGUUGGUUUUGAACAUGUGAUUUACCAAGUAAAUAAUAAGAAUACCGGUGCUUCUUUAUAUACUGAGGAGGAUAUUGAUCCAAGAGACUUGCCCUUUAAAAUACAAAGUGUACAGUCACCUACAGAUUUCUCUAGUUAUAUAGAAAUGCAUGUUGUAGUUGAAAAAAAUUUGUAUACUCAUAUGGGUUCUGAUACGGCUAUUGUCACUCAAAAAAUUUUUCAAUUAAUUGGAUUGACUAAUGCUAUUUUUACUUCAUUUAAUAUUACAAUAAUUCUGUCUUCACUGGAGCUUUGGAUAGAUGAAAAUAAAAUGCCAGUAACAGGAGAUGUUAAUGAAUUAUUACACAAAUUCUUAAAAUGGAAAAGGUCUUAUCUUGUUUUGCGUCCACAUGAUAUGGCAUUUUUACUUGUUUACAGAGAAAAAUCAGAUUAUGUUGGUGCAACCUUUCAAGGAAAGAUGUGUGAUAGACAAUUUGGAGGAGGCAUUGCUGUGCACCCCAAAACCCUAAGUCUGGAAUCACUUGCAGUCAUUAUAGCUCAAUUACUGAGCCUUAGUAUGGGAAUAGCUUAUGAUGACAUUGACAAAUGCCAGUGUUCAGGAGCUGUCUGCAUAAUGAACCCAGAAGCAAUUCAUUCCAGUGGUGUGAAGAUCUUUAGUAACUGCAGCAUGGAAGAUUUUGCACAUUUUAUUUCAAAGCCAAAAUCCCAAUGUCUUCGAAAUCAUCCACGUUUAGAUCCAUCAUAUAAAGCUGGAGUUUGUGGUAAUAAAAAAGUGGAAGAUGGAGAAACAUGUGACUGUGGGACUGCAGAUUUUUCACCAAAAGGAACUCCAUGCAGGAGUUCCAUACAUGAAUGUGAUCUCCCUGAAUAUUGCAAUGGAUCUUCUGGAGAAUGUCAAGAGGAUUUUUAUGUUCAGGAUGGUCAUCCAUGUGAACAGAAUAAAUGGCUCUGCGUACAGGGAAACUGUAAGAGUAUCGAAUCACAAUGUGCAGAUGCAUUUGGUGAAGGUAUUUCUUUAGGUGCAGCUCCUCCAGAGUGUUUUAAAUACCUUAAUUCUAUGACUGAUAGAUCUGGCAGCUGUGGUGCAGAUGCUUCAGGAUACAAGAAGUGUAAUCCUGAUGAUGUGAUGUGUGGAAAAUUAAUAUGUAAACAUGAAGGUGAAAAUAUACUUGAAAGUAACAGCGCCAUUAUUAUUUAUACUAAUGUAAAUGGAAAUAUCUGUGUCGCAUUGGAAUAUAAAUAUGAUCAUCCUGACAGCGAUAAGAUGUGGGUAAAAGAUGGAACUGUUUGUGGUACAAAUAAGUUGUGCAGGAAACAGAAGUGUAUAGAUAAUGACUUGAACUAUGACUGUACUCCACAAAAAUGCCACAAUCAAGGUGUAUGCAAUAAUAAAAAAAACUGCCACUGUAAUCCCAAAUAUUUACCUCCAGAUUGCCAAAAUGAAGAAGAUUCAUUUCCUGGCGGGAGUGUUGACAGUGGCAAUUUUCUAGCUGUUGCAACAACACCAGCCCAAGCCCAAAGACACUAUGUUGAGAAUGUUUAUCCUUCCAAACCUACGAGAUGGCCAUUUUUCCUACUCAUUCCUUUUUGUGUUGUUCUCAGUAUAAUGAUAAUAACCCUGGUAAAAGUUUAUUUACAAAGAAAGAAAUGGAAAACUGAGGACUAUACAAGCGAUGAGGAACUUGAAAGUGAGAGUGAAUCCAAGAGUAGCCUGGAAAACAGAGACUCCAUAAUAUCAUAG